AGAGAGAAUGUGAUAUAUUCUUGAAUAAAUCCAGAUGGUCAUCAUCUGAACAACAAUGGCACUGGUUGUCCCUAGCAGCAGCAUGGACCUGCAACAGGAUAAUGGGCCCUGCGUGCUGAAUCACGUCAAUGAGAACAGGCUGAAAGUAGAGGAACAACGGAUCCGGAGAAACUCCAUUCCCCCAGUUCAGACUCCCACAGCAAAGCAUAUGCUAGCCUACCUACCCAGGGCACCUACAGACACCAGCCGAUAUGGAACAUUCCCUCAAAAACCUGAAACAAUGGUUGUCUCUGUCACUUCCUGUGACGAUUACCACCAGAAAUUACAAUUCCCUCCACCAAAAAAAGGUAGCAUCAUCUCCAGCUUUAAUCCAUUGUCUUACGCCAACAGUAUCAAAAAAGCUCCUAAUAGGAGGUUCAGUGCUGUAGAACAAACAAAUACAAAUACAGUCGCUGAAACCCCAAUUGCCAAGCAUAGGCCUAGUGUAACUAUUAACACAGAGGUCUUACCCCGUUACCAACGAGCUGCCAAUCAGGAAACACAUGUGCGAGAAGCCAGUUCCAAGUGGUAUCCUAGACAUGCCCUCAGUGUUCCAAAUAUUCCCACGCGAAGCAAAACCCCAACCCGCAGUGUUGUCUCAGCUCCAGCCACCACAAAAUCACACAGGAUGCGUUGUAAGCUCAUGUAUGAUGAUCGUCAGCUUUUCAAUCUCACCAAUCGUCAAACACGUCAGAGGUAUGUCACCAAGGAUGGAAAAUGUAGGGUCAACCUUGGACGCAUUGUGGAAAAGAAAAGGUUUUUGUCAGAUAUUUUCACUACCAUUGUGGAUCUAAAAUAUCGCUGGUUCAUUUUUGUAUUCAUGUUGUGCUAUAUUCUCACCUGGGUUUCGUUUGGAGUUAUUUAUUUUGUGGACGCCUUGAUUAGAGAUGAUGUGAAUCAUAUUGGGGAUCCUGAAUGGCAGCCUUGUAUUGACAAUGUUGACACCUUUCUUUCUGCCUUACUCUUCUCUGUGGAAACUCAAAGGACAAUUGGUUAUGGCCACAGGAUGGUAACUCCCUAUUGCCCAGAGGGUAUAAUAUUGAUUAUGGCUCAGUCAAUAAUUGGAUCAGUGAUUGAUGCACUUAUGGUGGGUUGUAUGUUUGUAAAGAUUUCUCGGCCUAAAAAGAGAGCUCAGACAUUGAUCUUCAGUAAGAAAUGUGUAGUGUCGCACAGAGAUGAAAAGCUUUGCUUGAUGUUCAGAAUUGGAGAUCUCCGGGAUAGUCACAUGGUAGAUGCUAAGAUAAGAGCAAAACUUAUUAAAUCCAGACAGACAAAGGAAGGGGAGUUUAUCCCAUUGGAGCAAUCAGAGAUCAACCUCGGUUAUGAUACUGGAGAGGACCGUCUUUUCCUGGUGGAACCUCAGAUCAUCUGUCAUUUCAUCAAUGAUCAUAGUCCUUUCUGGGAGAUGUCUGCAGAAUCCCUGAAGCGAGAACAGUUUGAAAUUAUUGUAAUACUUGAAGGCAUUGUUGAAGCCACAGGUAUGACAUGUCAAGCCAAGACGUCCUACACAGAGGAUGAAAUACUGUGGGGUCACCGGUUUGAGCCCUGCAUGACUCUGGAGAAAGGAGCUUUCCGUGUUGAUUACACCCAUUUUGAUAAGACUUUCGAUGUGCAGACACCCUGGGGAAGCGCAAAGGAGAUGCAUGAACUAAAAGAAAAUGAAGAGAAUGAUACUUCCACCCUCAGCCUCCACUGGGACAAUAUGUUUCAUACAGCUAUCCCCGAGCACACAGGACCUGGAGAUACUUGUGAAGAGAACCAGGACAUUGUGGACUUUCCCACCCUUCCUGAAAGAGAUUCUGAGAGCAAUGAUCUUGAUGUUUGA